AUGGUGAGAAAAAGAUAUAGAUCUGGUUUGAAAGGCUCUCAACAUGGAGAUUUUAUCAAAUAUACCGAAAGAAGGUCAAAAAAUGGAUGCCUAACCUGUCGCAAUAGAAGGAAAAAAUGCGAUGAGGUAAAACCGCAGUGUAGUGGGUGCGCUAGGAAUAUGCUAGAUUGCAACUGGCCCUCCCCAUUUAGCAAAGAGCACCUACGAAACCCGGAGAAUAAUGAACCUGGUCUGCAUCAAAAGUAUUCUUUUAUCCACGUACCGCAAGAAGAGCUAUCGAAGUCCUACACACCCCAACCAAAAUACAGGAUUGGAAGAUCUGCUAUCAAUCCACCUCAAAUAGCUUUGGGCCUCUCACGACUUCCCAGCGACGAUUUAUGUGACGUAAAAGAAGAUUGUAGAAGAGCUCUCCGGCGAGUUCCAAGGUACAGGAAAUCGAAGAUUAAGUCACUCUGUGAGGAAGUGCAAGUUAGAGACAAGAAAGAAAAGCAUAUACAUGUGCAUUCUCUCACGAGACCAGAAGAUGCUGCAUUAAGGUUCCCUACUCCCAUAUGCGAUAGCGAGAUCGAUGGCACUGGAGAAGAUGAGCUUCAUGAUGAAACUAUUGAGAACGAGCUCAUAAGUAUUAACCAUCAAGAAGUUGCUGAGAGCCGUAAAUACAAAAGUGGAACAAAUAACAUCGCCAAGUUAAUUCAAAAGGAAUUGCGAUCGGACACCAGCGAGAUCUACAGAGAUUUCUUUGACUUGAAAUUAGAGUCAUACAUUUUACUGAAGGAAAGUGCUCUCAAUAAUUCUUUCACGCAGUCGAAUGAUGGGGCUUCCAACGCUUCACACCCGAAACAUAAGGACUCGGAAUUACGGAGGCAUUCAGUGCAAUCUUCAAUAAAUAGCCAAUACAACGGCGAGCUUGCCUUUCAAUCAAACUAUAGUUUCCUUAACGGUGAAAAUAAUUGCGCCGCAGAGAACUACCAUAAAAUAAUAGAAAGUUAUGACCGUGGGGAAUUUGGAGGCCAUACUAACACCGAGAACGAUGAGGCUCUCUUAUUCUACACGUGUAUUGAAAAGUUUAUUCCAAAUCUUGGAAGUCAAUAUACACAUCCACUUUUAACUGCUUGCGCUACGUUCAUUCCCCAGGUCGAGAACAACAUGCCUCUAAAAGAGAUUUUUUUGUGCUGUGGAGCAACUUAUCUGGAAUGGUAUGAUGAUGCAAAGUUUUCACCCUUGUCUAAUAGUCUCUAUAAGAGUUCACAAAUGCUAAUCGAGAAGCAUUUGCUUGAAGACUCGCUCAUGGAUGCUGGGUCUUGGUUAAUGGCUUCUUUCCAACUGCUCUGUUUGCGUAGUAAAAUGGCAUCAUCAGGGACAGUGGAUGACUGUGUCAAUUGCCUUUCCAAAUCUUACUUGGUAUUGAAGAAUACAGUUUUCACGAGGAACAAAGCACAAAACCACAUGGCAGCUGGGCUUCAGAACCUUGCUUAUGAGAUAGAAAACAAAUUUAUCGGCCAAUCGGAACAAGAAAAAUCAAAGGGAAGUUUUGUUCUCCAACCAUAUGAGAGGAUGUACAUUGAAAGCUUUAUUUACAAUUAUUCGGUUGCAAUUUUGUUCGCGUCCGAUAUAUCAAAGCUCCCGAACCCAUUUUCUAUCUUUAAGGAGCUUAGUCAUGUUUUAAAGCGCCCACUCUACUACUGUUAUUUUGAGUGGAUGAACAACCCCGUAUUGGGACCUGCUUUGGAUGCCUUCGAGAUUCUGGCAAAGGUGUCAUUUAUUGCAAGGCUUCCCAUGCCUCUUGAUAAAUCCUCUAUAUGGUUUCAGCGAGCGCAACAACUACAGACGAUGGCUUUAUUUUAUACCGGGCCUGUCCUGUACCCACAACUGAAAUCGAAAAACGAACAAAUCUUCAAAAAUGCCAAAGUAAGCUCACUAGUUGGCAUAAUCGUUGCAAAAUCGAGUUACCUGUUAGUUUCUAAGAUUUUACAAUAUCAUGAUUUUCAAAUACAGCAACCAUCAAUUCAAAAAGUGCGUUGCGAAAUUUUUGAAGCCUUCUCUUCAAUUCCUCUUGAAAACAAGAUUUGGGGGAUUCUACUAUGGUCAUUAACUAUCACAGGAUGUUUUUCAACGGCAAUGCCAGAAAAAGGUCACAUAUUAAAAUACAUCUUGAACGUGGGAGAGUACUUUCACAAUCAAAAUACGAUCAAAAUGAGAAGCUUUCUGGAAGAUGCAUGGUCACGGCCAAUUGACAAACGUUUAGAUAUUCUCUUUGACCGGAAAGAAUUAUCCAAAAUAUCACCCUAG